UCAAUUUAAUUUGUUAUUCCGCACAUACACAUACAUAUAUGAUUCAGCCUCAAAAACUCCGAUUUUACCAAACUUAAGUAUCUACAUUUGGAUCGUCACUUUUCAUACUAAGGGUAAGAUCGGAAGAAAGUACCACAUUUCCUCAUUGAACAUAUCACAAUUGUCUCUUGAAAUGUAACGGGCAGUUAGAAAACUGGGCCCCAUCUGUACUUACAUUCUUCUAAACUAGCAAAAAGUUGGCUAAACAUCUGUCGUUAUUACUUCAGUUGUCGUCUUGCCAAGUACACUGGCUAUAGAAUCCUAGACAGUAGUUUUCUGUGGCUUCUUCAAAAACUAUUUUUAGAAAAUUGAAACAUCGUUGAGAUCGAGGAGAAAAUUGGACAAAAAAAUGAGUAAGUCUAGUUCAUCGUCUCUUGAAACAAUUGAGCAGGAGGAAUCGUCUGAGGAAUUGUCUGAGGAACCUAGGAGGAUUAUGCCAGCAUGGCUUGGACGCUUCCUGAAGAUGACAUUCUUUGGGUCUUGUUUGGUGCAUGAUGAACUCCAAAAGAAUGAACUCAACAGGUAUUGCAUCACCUGUGAUUUAGCUUUAUGCAGGUAUUGCAUCUCUACAGACAAACACAAUGACCACAAGCUAUUGACGAUUUAUCGACAUGUUUACAAAGAUGUUGUUCCUCUCGAAGAGAUGAAGAGUCAUAUUGACUGCUCCAAAAUCCAGCCAUACAAAUGCAACAAGAAAUGGGUAAUAUCUUUGAAUCCGCUACCACAUUGUGGGUCGGGCUCUCUAGUUGCUGGAGAUCCAACUUGUUACAUUUGCAAGAGGAGAUUGCAUGAGCCUGACCAGUUUUGCUUCUGCUCCAUUGCCUGCAAGGUGGAAGCCUUAGUGAGGAAGAGCAACGAGGCUGGUGGCACUUCUCUUCAAGCAAUUGGUGAAGCUUUAGAAGCUAUUCAAAAUGUUGAGAUCAAGCGCAAGCGCAAGAGGAAGGGGAUUCCUCAUAGAGCUCCUUUGAAAUAACAUUAAUUUCAUGAGCCAGUUGCUUUAAUUUGAUCAUUUUGAACUUGCUUUGUAUAAUGAAACUAGGAAAAACAUCUUAACCUUUAAAAAGCUUGAAGCAUUGUGAACU